AUGCAGUGUUUGCAGGAGUGUACUAGAUACAAGACUGACAAGGAUAUAUGCCUGUGUGUGCUGGCUUAUAUUUAUUUGUGUCAGAGGGACAUCGCUGGCGGAUGGUCCCACCACACCAGGGGACUGAGUGUCAACAACAGGAGGGCGGUGACCUCAUCAAACCCAGGAAGCUGCCAAAUCCAGUCCUGGCUUCCCACCAACACCGAGCCCUUCACCAAGAGCUGCUAUUCUGCCACAGAAGGUGAGGAAACACUGCGCUCUGUACCUGCCAUCUGUAACCAGGUCACACAGGCAGUAGGAACGGGCCGAUCCAUGUACACACAAGUGGGAUAUGAUAAGUCAAGAGGUCUACUGCCCAGAAAAAGGACAGAGCAGCAGUGUGUGCUGGAGCGCAGACAGCAAGAGCAGAACAAGCAGAGCGAGCUGGCCCUCUGUCCUCCCUCUGACCUGGAGAUGAAACUCUGUGCAAGGCUAUGAGCUGGAAGAGGAGAAGAGGAGUGAGAGCCUGCAGAACGAACCUGAGUUUGUUCGUGUGAGACGAACCCUGAAGUGUAUCCAAACCUUUUCCUAGUGACGAGCACAGUAAAUGGACAAAUUAAUUCAUCACAGAUUGGCAAUUGAAUAUAUUUCGGAUUGGAUUAAUCAAAAUUCAGCUCCCUUAUUUUAAUACUAAUGUUUAAGCAUAAUGGAUCAUGUAGAUUCACACGGCAGUUUGGAAUUUCCCAAUGUAACAUGCUUGAUGUCCAUCAUCCAUCAUCCAUCCAUCUUCAUCUGCUUAUCCUGGGUCGGGUCGCGGGGGCAGCAGCUCCAGCA